GAAAUAUGAUGCGUUGUUUCCGGGAGCUGAUUUCAACUAAGCUUUAUUGUUCCCGGAAGCGGCGCUCUUCGCCGAUUGGGUCCCAGGGAGGGGAGCGCCGCCGGUCCCGCCAGCUGAGGGCGGCCAUUGCGGCGCUUCCCUUUUCCCCAAGCGUGUCAUGUCGGUGCCUCAGGCCGAGCGUGGCUCGGACCCUCCGGGUGGAAAGCGCAGACCGCACGGGAUGCUGAAGCUCUACUACGGACUCCCGGACCCGUCGGGGGAGGCCUUGGCGGGCCCGCCCUGGGGGGACCUCGGGGGCCCCACCGACAUCAACGGGCCUCACUUCGACCCGGAAGUCUUCCUCACCAAGCUGCGGAAGGAGUGCUCUCUGAGUCAGCUGAUGGACUGCGAGACCGACAUGGUGAAGCAGAUCCGGGCCUUGGACAGCGACAUGCAGACUCUGGUCUAUGAGAACUACAAUAAGUUCAUCUCUGCCACAGAUACAAUCCGUAAGAUGAAGAACGAUUUCAAGAAGAUGGAAGAUGAGAUGGACUGUCUAGCGGCCAACAUGGCCGUGAUCACAGAGUUCAGCGCUAGCAUCAGCAGCACUUUACAGGAUCAACAUGUGCAGAUUACCAAGCUGUCUGGAGUCCAUGCCCUCCUGCGCAAGCUGCAGUUCCUUUUUGAGCUGCCGGCCCGCCUGACCAAAUGUGUGGCGCUGGAGGCCCACAGGCAGGCUGUUUGCUACUACAGCAAAGCCCACUCCAUCCUCCACCAGUACCAGCACAUGCCCUCCUUCCGGGGCAUCCAGGACGACUGCCAGAAGAUCAUGGCUGACCUCGCUCAGAAGCUGCGCGAGAAGUUCAGGGACGGGGGCUCUGGUGCCAAGGACUUGGCUGAGUGCGUGGAGCUACUGUUGCAGCUAGGAGAGCCGGCCGAGGAGUUGUGUGAUGAAUUUCUCUCUCAUGCCCACUGCCGCCUGGAGGCUGAACUGCAAGCUCUGGAGGCAGAGCUAGGGGAAGGACAGCAGCUGUGCAUGGCUGUCCCAGCCACUGACAUCCUUGAAUUCACCGACCGCGGCUGCAACAGCUUUGUCAGCAACAUGUGCCUGGUGAUUGCCUCGUACCAAGAACUGUUCAUCAACCGGGAAGGUGCCCAGGCGAUUUCUUGUAUGGCCCAUGAGAAGCUGGUGGCCUUUGUGGAUGGCCUGAUGGAGCAUUAUUUUGCCCUGGUGGAGCGGCGCAUCCAACUGGAAAGGUGCGUGGGUGACAAUUCUCUGCUGGUGAGGGCUCUGGACCGCUUCCACCGACGCUUGCAGGCCUUGGCCAAGCUCUUGCCAGCCUCACGGUCAGCAGCCAAGGGCACAGAGAUAGUGGUGCGUGCAGCCAAGGAACGAAUCCGCCAGUAUCUCCAGGCCCUGCAGAGCUUCUAUGUGGACUGCUUGACAGACGUUCGCCAGUCAUUGGCUGCCCCUCGCCUCAUAGGUAAAGACAGCCCCAACCUGGCAGAACUGCUUGGCACAAUCUCGGCUUCCAUCCUCAACCAGAUCAAGUCAGUGCUCACCUAUGUUCACUUGUUCACUGCCAAGGACAUCACUUUCUCUAACAAGCCGUAUUUUAAGGGCGAAUUCUGCAGCCAGGGGGUCCGCGAAGGCCUCAUUGUCAGCUUCAUCAAGUCAAUCUGCCAGACAGCCCGGCAGUUCUGUGAGAGCACAGGUGACAAAGGUGGCUUCACACCCCCAGCAUUGCUGCUGCUCCUCUCCCGCCUCUGCCUGGACUACGAAACUUCCACCAUCAGCUACAUCCUCACGCUGACAGAUGAGCAAUUCCUGGUGCAGGACCACUCCCCGGUCACCCCAGUCACCGGGCUGUGUGCUGAAGCCCGCGAAGCUGCACAGAAGCUGCUGAACCAUUAUGUGAAGGUGCAGGGCUUGAUCGUUUCCCAGAUGCUGCGCAAGAGUGUGGAGACACGCGACUGGGUCACCACCAUUGAGCCACGCAACGUCCGCGCCGUUAUGAAGCGAGUGGUGGAGGAUGCCACCUCUAUUGAUGUUCAGGUCGGACUUCUGUACGAGGAAGGUGUGCGCAAAGCCCAGAGCAGCGACUCUAGCAAAAGGACCUUUUCCGUGUACAGCAGCUCCCGGCAGCAGAGUCGCUAUGCACCUAGUUACACGCCCAGUGCCCCCAUGGAUACCAACCUGCUGAGCAACAUCCAGAAGCUUUUCUCAGAGCGCAUCGAUAUCUUCAGCCCUGUGGAGUUCAACAAGGUCUCCGUGCUCACUGGCAUCAUCAAGAUCAGCCUGAAGACUUUCUUGGAGUGUGUCCGCCUGCGCACCUUUGGGCGCUUUGGCCUGCAGCAGAUCCAGGUGGACUGCUACUACCUGCAGCUCUACCUGUGGCGCUUUGUCUCGGAUGAGAACCUGGUGCAUUUCCUGUUGGAUGAGAUUGUGGGCAGUACAGCCCACCGGUGCCUGGACCCUGUGCCCAUGGAGCAGAGCGUCAUCGAGGUCAUCUGCGAGCGCGGGUAGGGCAGUGAGAGGGGGCUGGGCCAGGAAGAUGGAGGCAUUUCUGCCCCGUCUUCUCUGCCAUCUGCAGUAGGCCAUGCUGGGUGUGCAGGGGGAGAGGAAGGGGCAUGUCUUGCUGUUGAGGCCUCAAAACUGGGUGACGUGAAUGUGCUAAAUAAAUAACAGCUUAGUUGAA